UCGCGGCGGCCAUUUUGUGCGGCUGCGGUCGGUGCGCGGGGCUCGGCGCGCAGCGGGCCCGGGCGGGGCACCUCUGUUCUAACUCUUUUUCCCGUACAGAUCCCUCGGUCGAUGUUCAGAUACUGCGUACUGCCAGCAAAGUGGAUUGUUGUACCAGUUGGUAAUCUGUAGCCAUUCCAGGAUUUCGUUAAUCUGAACAGGUUUGUUUUGACUGCUUGUACUUCCUGUAGGAAAAUACUUGCUUCAGGUAGAUUUCUUCUAGGAGUCAAAAGUUCCAAGUCCAGUUACUGUUGCAGUUAUACAGCACUGUUUGGAAUGUUUGCAGCAACGUAAACAAGUUUCUUGGUGUGUGGUUUCAGCACAGCAUGGCUGUGGUCAUCCACUUGCAAGGUGUUCCGAUUGCGGUGGGGACCAUGGACUUCUCUGGAUUGACCAUUCCCGAUGGGGGCGUACAUAUUGUAGGGGGUGAACUGGGGGAAUAAAAUCAGCAGUGUUGAUAUUACAAAAUGACAAAACAUCCUCCGAAUAGAAGAGGGAUCAACUUUGAGGUGGGAGCCCAGUUGGAAGCCCGUGACAGAUUAAAAAACUGGUAUCCAGCCCACAUUGAAGAAAUUGAUUAUGAGGAGGGGAAAGUACUUAUCCAUUUCAAGCGCUGGAACCAUAGAUAUGAUGAAUGGUUUUGUUGGGACAGUCCUUAUUUGCGUCCCCUAGAGAAAAUACAGUUAAGAAAAGAAGGACUGCAUGAGGAGGAAGGUUGUGCAGGAUUUCAUAUCAAUGAUCAGGUAUUGGCGUGCUGGUCUGACUGUCGCUUCUAUCCAGCCAAAGUUACUUCUGUUAACAAAGAUGGUACAUACACUGUGAAAUUUUAUGAUGGUGUAGUUCAAACAGUCAAAAACAUUCAUGUCAAAGCUUUUUCCAAAGAUCAGAAUAUUGUGGGUGAUGCUAAGCCUAAGGAAAGAGGUAAUGAAAUCCCGUCAUCUCCUGAAAACCAGGAGAAAUUUAAAGAGCAGAGGAAAGCAACAGGUAGUGCAAAGAAAGACGAAGAUGAAAAGACAUUAAAGACUGAGAAACGAGUUAAACAACCCGAUAAAGACGGAAAAUUUAUAGUCAUCUCAGAAAAAGGCAAGAUCUCAGAAAAGAAUAUAUCUAAGAAUGGAAAAGAAGAUAAAGAGAAUAUAUCAGAGAAUGAUAUGGAAUAUUCAGUAGAUACACAAAUUGAGAAGAAACCUGAGAAUGACAAGGUAAAGAGUCCACAGGAAAAUGUGAAAGAAACUAAACGAAAGCGUGGCAGACCACCAGUAACACCUCCCACGGCGGAGCCAAGUUCUCAGACACUUCAGCCCAUAACUUUGGAGUUAAGAUGUCGGAAAAUACCUAAAGGAGGUGAUGUUCCAUUGAAGCGUCCCAGGAUUGAAAAAAACUUGUCUCAGGAAAAAUCUAAGAACUCUUCAGACAAUGCUGAGAGAGACCAGAUCAGGAGGCGAUCUUCAAGACUCUCAUCCAGCAUUAGCCAUGAGAUUUUAAAUACAGAUCUUGUGACAACUUCCACGGAAAUUCAAACUUGGAAAGAUGCAGUAUCUAACCAAAAUGAAUCCGAGAAGGUCCAGUUAGAAAUUCCUGUUGAACCUGACCAAAGUUUUGGUGAGCAAGGAUCACCUGGAAAUACAUCACACAGCACAGCACUCAGUACAGAUGCCAGUUUGCAGGAAGAAAAAGCUGAAGACACUGAGUCUUCCUCUGUUCCUGUCAGAACUCAAGAACCUUCUGCUGCUACAGAACAUGAACUGAAAGUUUCUGAAAUUCAUGAUAGCUACAGUCCUGGGUUGCACAGCACUGUUCUGUGGAUAACAAAACCUUGUAGGAGAACAGAUUUUCUUGCAUCAAAAAAAGCUGCAACUGUUGACCAAGAUCACAAGUUUAGAUGCAAGUUCUUGGACUGUUCAAAAUCCUUCCGCAAAGCCAAGUUAUUGCAUUAUCACAUGAAAUACUUUCAUGGAGUGGAGAAGGCUGCAGAAUCACAGCAGAACCCUGUAAAAAGAAAUAUUCAAACCAGAGCUUCUUUGGCUUCUGAAAAAGCUAAUCAAGAAAGGUCAAAGAGAGGACGGACCACAGCUGGUUCACUGUAUGCUCCUCCACAUAUAGCCCUCAGGAGUACCCCAUAUAGAGAUGAAAAAGUAGAAAGGAGAAGAACUUCAACUCCUGUAAGUGUGUUAAAUAGUCACCGACAUUCUGUUAGAGACCAAACCAGGAACCACAUAGCGAGAGCGCUGCGGAGGCCUCGGGAGAGAGUUCAACAUGCUGUUAAAGGACAUGAGAAGAAGAAAGAAAGAAAAUCCAAAGACUAUGGAAGAUCCAAAUCAAAGAAAAAGAAAAAAAAGAAAAAGAGGUCUAAACCUGGGUAUUCAGGUGUUGGGGAAAACACAGAUAUCUCACAAGAGCUUUCACCAGAAAAGUCAAUUGUCACAAAAUCUAAUUCUUCAAAUAAAUCAUCUGCUCACCCAAGUACCCUGCUGCACUGCACUGAUUCUGGACAGCACAAGGGAAAAUCAAAAGCAAAUGGAUUUUAUAUAAAUACUUCUUGUACAGAGGAUGACACCCUGAGUGAGUCAUCUAUGGAUAGCUUGCCUUGGAGUGACGAUGACUGCAGUCAGGAUGUUGAUGUAACCACCAACCCUGAUGAAGAAGUUGAAGAAAGUGAUUUUGAGAUUGUUCGAUGUGUUUGUGAAGUAAAAGAAGAAAAUGACUUCAUGAUUCAGUGUGAAGAGUGUCUGUGCUGGCAACAUGGAGUCUGUAUGGGCUUAUUGGAAGAUAACAUACCUGAGAAAUAUACCUGCUAUAUUUGCCAAGAUCCUCCAGGUCAGAGGUCCAGCUUAAAGUACUGGUAUGAAAAGGAGUGGUUAAGUAAUGGUCACAUGCAUGGCUUAGCAUUUUUGGAAGAAAAUUAUUCCCACCAGAAUGCCAAGAAGAUAGUGGCCACUCACCAGCUGCUUGGUGAUGUACAGCGAGUGAUCGAAGUCCUGCACGGGCUGCAGCUGAAGAUGAGCAUAUUACAAAAUAAAGAACACCCUGACUUAAAGCUUUGGUGUCAUCCAUGGAAGCACAUCACAGUGGAUGAAAAAAUCCACGCAAAACACAUCAUUCACUUUGAGGAAAACUGUUGCAAAGAGGAAACAGCAAGUUAUAGAACUUGGAAUGGGACAGUUGAGAAACCCUCAACAAUUCCUUCUGUGGAGGAAUCUUACAUUACAAGUGAACACUGUUACCAGAAGCCUCGAGCCUACUACCCUGCCAUAGAGCAGAGGCUGGUUGUGGAAACAAGAGGUUCAGCCAUGGAUGAUGGAGUAAACAGAAUAAGAGAAAAUGGGGAUGAUACCCUCUCAGAGAGGUUUGGCUGGAAUCUGGACCAAGAAAUAUGCAAGAUGGAAAAUGAAUCCAAACACAAUUACUCCAAGGUGAGAGAGUCUGUCUCUAAGAAAGUCUCUCCGGAGGAAGCUAUUGAAAUGAAAUUGCUGGAAAAAGACAAAGAGGGAGUUGUGAACUCACAGCUGCAGUGGCAGCUUAAUCUUUUAGCUCACGUGGAAUCUCUGCAAGAUGAAGUCAUACAUAGAAUGGAUUUUAUUGAGAAGGAGCUAGACGUUCUGGAGAGUUGGCUGGAUUACACAGGAGAGCUGCAACCCCCAGAACCGCUGGCUCGACUCCCCCAGCUCAAACACUGCAUAAAGCAGCUGAUAACAGACUUGGGCAAAGUGCAGCAGAUCGCACUGUGCUGCUCCACGUGAGGCUGGACAACACUGGGCUGUGAGUGGUGCAAAGCUGGAGUGUCUGAUGGGAGCAGCUCUGAAUCUGGACAAGAAACUGCAUGCUGAUUGCAUGGGAUGCAGAUUGACUUCAGGGACUUGUGAAAAAGUGUUGUUCAAAGAGCGAAAAGGUUAUUUCAAGGUUAUUAGAUGAUUAUAAUGCUGUGGAAAAGGUCAUAAUCUUGUCUCCAGAGGUUGCCUGUUGGUUGAUAGGUUACACUCAAAUUUUCACUCCUUACGAGUUGCUCAUCAAAACAGUAGACUUUUUCAUCAUAAAUUGACUAAAAAUUGUUGCCACUGAAGAACAGAGUUCUAAGAGCCAAAAAGUUUGGUUGACAGGGGUUGUAAAUAACUUUGCAUAGUUUAAGUGACUCGUCAUGUUUUAUUUCUUCUGGUUUAUGCAUACUAGCACUCAGUAUUUAAUCAUAGGAGAUGUUAUAACAGUUUCAGACUUAGUAAGUAUGAAUGUCCAGCUCUUGACUAUAAAAGUGUUAUGUGGAGGUUUUCAAGUAACAGUGGCCUGACCCAAUCUUCUGUUACAGUAAAUAAUGUGGCAGGAGGUCACAGGUGGAUUGCACUUAUUUUCAGAAUAAAUGAUUGUUUUCCAUAUUUAUCGUGUCACUGUCACAUGACCUGGUACUGAGGAAGCCCAUGAACGUGGUGUUUGUGUGCAUUCUUGAGCACUUGCAUCCGGCUGUCCUGUGCCUCCUGCAGCAGUUGCUGGUGGGGUUCCCUCAUUGCAGGAGUACAGACAAGGACUGGGAAGGACUGGAACCACGCUCUGAGUUCAGGACUGGCAGCAUGGUCUGUCUGGGAUGUGAUGUAUUUUCUACCAUUUGUUAAUUAAUUGCCAUUCCGGUUAUAUUUGGAAAUGUAGAUUUUUUUGCAAUACUCUGGAUGUGUUCACUGUAAAGACUUGCUAUGAAUGUGUGGUUUUGGGAAUCAGUUUUUGUGUAAAUAAAGCCUCAAGAUUUAUGCAUGAGGUGCUGUCCUUGCAGACAGUGAGUGGGUUAUUAUCUUAAAUGGUCUGUGUUCACAAAGUCCCUUUUUAUACCUUAAGUUUUCAUUUGUGGUUUGUAUUUACUUUGUCAUUGUAAGGUGACAAGGCUGCUGAUGUUCAGUCACAUUGUACACAAUCUUUGGAACAUUGUGAGCAUUUGAGAGGUUCAGAGUCUUUCAACUGCAGAUCAGCACUCCUGCAACUUUAGUUUUCCUUCACAGACGUUGCUGAGUUCAGUUCCCUAUGGAACACAGUGAGCUGGUUUUGCAGUGAGAGGGUGUCCUUAAAAAGCUGGAUUUGUUACCCUUAUUUUGUGUGCAGUGGUACUACCAAAGAGUAAUAUUCAAGCAGUUUUAAUGGAAAAACCCAUACCUGUAUAAAUUAUUAAUUUGGAAUAUAUAUCUGUAAUGUGUUUAUUCUGCAAAGAAUAAUGAAAACUUGAAAUAUCCAAUAUUAUUGUAGGAGUUACACUCUCUACAUGGUGAAUAUUUUAUUUCAUAUUUAUUUCCUUCAGAAAACAAAUAAUUAGGCUGCUCUAGGUAGAACUAAGACUUUUAUGCCAAGAUUCAGUUCAGGGAAUAAUUUGUCUCACAGGUUUAUAGUACUAAGUUGGUAUACAGUGAAUACAGGGCACAUACAGCUGAAAAACAAACUUACUUUUCUGUAAGACAGUUGGAAGAAAGCUUACAUGGUAUUUUAAGGAUCACUUGGAUCUCUGAAGAUAAGACCAAUGCUUAUACCUUGGCUUAUUCCUGUCAGGUACCUGAGCUUGUGUAGCUCUAGAGGAGGUGAUGGUGACCAGACAGCCAGAACAGCGUCAGAGGAGCCUCCCAGGCAACUGGGGAUUUUCAGGUGCAAAGGACCAGAAAAGGUGUUCCCUGUUCCAGGUCUGCAGAGCAGGACACGGCUGUGUGGAGCAGCUUGGUUGUGCUCCCAUCUGAGGACAGUCAAGGACUCAGUCCCUGAGCAGGCUUCUUGCCUCCAAAAGGGAGAUUUAUUCUCAAGCAAUGGCUUUUGCGUACUCAUUGUGUGUUUUUCACUUGUCAGUUUAUUUUUGCUCAGGGCGGUACUGGAGGUCUGGAAGAAAAUCAAUUCCCAUGGGUAGGUCAAGUUGCAGAUCCUGGAGACUUGCAUCCCUUCAGUAGUGCUGGGGAAGCCCUUGCAAAUAAAGACUGAAAAUAUUUAUUUAAAAUAGAGUAGUACUUCUCAUGUUCAGGGAAGAUUCUUCAUUGUGCUCUGCCUGGAUUCAUUUCUGUCCCUUUUUUUGCAAGUUUCCUCAUUGUUAUUUUUAGUCUGGACCAACUGUUCAGACUGACAGGUCACUUUUUUGUUUCUUUAAAUCACUGGUAAGUGAAUGCAAAGUGGAGCCUUGGUGAACUGAGCAAACAUUGCACUGUGGGUACACACGUGUUUGUUGAUGCACUAUUAGAACCAAGGGUCUGUACAUAGAAUUUUGUUUUGGAGCAAUAUUUGCGAAACUUGAAAAUUGUAUCUUGGUGUUUGGAAUAAAUAAAAAAAAUAGGUUUUUGUUGGUUAAGUCUUAGUAAAGUCUUUGUUUCAAUUAAUGGUAACUCAAUAAAAUAAUUCUGGAAUUUU